AUGCCAAAACAGCUGCUGGUAUCUCGUUGGCAAUCAACCAAGAAUCGUUUGGCUGGCCUUGAUCAGAGACUGGCUGAAUGGUAUAGGCAAGGGAAACAGUUGAGCGAAAACCUGAGCCGUCGGCCUGGCAAUGCCGCCCCCACGCCAAAUAAGCCUGAUAUACCUGCACGUCCGCAAACUGAGCAGGUGAGUAAAAUGUAA